UAUCAGUACAUCGUGUGAUGCAAACGGAGUGGCAGUACAAUAAAGUAUAGGAAAUAUAUCCUGAAUAUACUAUAAAUUAUUCAAGAAAUUACAUGAGUAAUGGAUACGUAAAUGAAGAUAAACAAUACUCAAAAUAUGAAUUAUUGUGCAAGAAACCAUGUUGAUGCGGACAACAUUAGUGGGUCCAAUGAUACCAGUGUUAUAAUCCCUGGCAUUUAUUAUCCUUCAAACCGUUACUUCACUCACUCUUGUCGCAAAACGACAAGGCAAAAGUGCGAACGUGCCGUGCUGAAAAAUGGUGAAUUCAACAUUGUUAAGUUUAUCAGCAACAAAAUCGGAAUAUUCUCAGACUGGUUCAUACUAUUAGUCGAAGCAAGAUGGAGGUGGACAUUGCUGAAUUUCUUCGCUGCAUUUACCUGCGAUUGGCUCAUAUUCGGCUUCUUGUAUUGGCUCAUUGCAAUGAUACACGGCGACUUGUUACCAGAACAUCUCCCGCCGAAUCAAAACAUAACAAAAUGGACGCCGUGCAUUGAAAACAUCCACGGGUUCACGUCGACUUUUCUGUUCAGCGUGGAGGUCCACACGACUGUUGCUUACGGUGAAAGGGCAAUAACUUUGGAGUGCCCCGAUGCAAUACUAGCUAUGUGUCUACAAUGCAUUUUUAGCUCCAUUUUCCAAUCAUUCAUGGUCGGCAUUCUGUUUGCUAAACUGACCAGACCAAAAGCGAGAACCCAAACGAUAUUGUUUAGCAAAAACGCGAUUGUGAGUUUGCGCAACGAAAAACUCUGCAUGAUUUUCAGAGUGGGUGAUAUGAGGAAGUCGAGGAUACUGAAUAUUAAAGCGUCCAUGUUUAUUUUAAGGUUGAAUAAGGAUUGUGAAAAUAUUGAUGAUACGGAACAAGUGGAAAUGAAAGUUGAAUUGGAUGGUUGUGAAUCUAGUUUCUUUUUGUGGCCGAUAGCUGUGGUACAUGUCAUUGAUGCAGCAAGCCCUUUGUAUAAUUUAUCAGCGGCAGAUCUUUUUGGCGGUAAAAUGGAAAUUUUGGUGGUAUUCGAAGGUAUAAUAGAGUCUACAGGUCAACCGGUUCAAGCCAGAUCGAGUUAUACUGAAUCUGAUAUUAUUUGGGGUCACAGAUUCGUUUCUAUGGUCCUAAUAGAUGUAAAAGAUAAAUUCUUUGUUGAUUUUUCUAAAUUGAAUGAGACUGAACAGGUGGACACGCCUUUAUGUUCAGCUAGUGAAUAUUAUUCAUUUAUAUCUACAUCGAAUUUCCCUACUUUUAAUAACAGGGAUGUAAUUAGAUGAGAUUUAUUUUUGUCGAAGGUUCCUUACCAACAUACAUUAAAUUUCUGAUUUAUUUUUAUAGUCAUGACCGACUAUAAAAUAAUUGUAGUUCUUACUUCAUAGUGGGAGUUUAAAGCAUUUAAUAACUAAUACUCAUGUUAGUCAAGAGUAAAUCUUAUAUAGUAUAAAGUAAAAUAGAAAUUUGGAAGGACAUAUUUGUAGUGCAAUAAAGAGUAUGCAAUAAAAACAAACCAGACUAUU